CGCGCUCACCCUCCCUCCCUGUUGUCAGAGACGCGGAGUGAGGCAAUGGCGGCGGCAGGGGUUGGGGAUCGGAGCAGCACUCGGGAGCGGCUCUUGGCAGCUCUGGACGACCUAGAGCUCCUGGCCCGGGAGCUGAUUGAAAUGCUGGCAAUUUCAAGAAACCAGAAACUUACACAAACCGGAGAGGACAGCCAGAUCCUUGAGCUGUUGAUUCAAAGAGAUAAAGAAUUCCAGGAAUUAAUGAAAUUGGCUCUUGAUCAAGGCAAAAUUCACCAUGAAAUGCAACUGUUGGAAAAGGUAGUAGAGAAAAGAGACAAUGAUAUUCAACAACUUCAAAAACAGCUGAAAGAAGCAGAACAUAUAUUGGCAACAGCUGUUUAUCAAGCAAAAGAAAAACUGAAAUCAGUGGAAAAAGCAAGAAAAGGAGCUGUUUCUUCAGAGGAAAUAAUUAAAUACGCUCAUCGAAUUAGUGCCAGCAAUGCUGUUUGUGCUCCUCUGACAUGGGUGCCAGGGGAUCCACGGAGGCCAUAUCCCACUGAUUUGGAGAUGAGAAGUGGUCUACUAGGUCAGAUGAACAACCCAUCAGCAAAUGGAGUCAAUGGACACUUACCUGGGGAUGCACUUGCAGCCGGCAGAUUACCAGAUGUGCUUGCGCCACAGUAUCCUUGGCAAUCAAAUGACAUGUCAAUGAACAUGCUGCCUCCUAAUCACAGCAACGAUUUCAUGCUGGAACCUCCUGGACAUAAUAAGGAGAACGAAGAUGAUGUAGAGGUUAUGUCAACAGAUUCCUCGAGCAGCAGCAGUGAUUCAGAUUAGCAACCUCAGCUGAAGCUACUGACUUUAUUGCAAAUGAAAUCAGACUUACCAAAUACUUUGGACUUCAUUCAGUGUUUGUUCUACAAUCCAGAUGGAGACUUGCAGCAUGACCGAAAACUAAGAACAAACUUCUCUUUGUUAUUUGGUUGUCCUAAUGUUCUUGAUAAGGAAGUGCCAGUCAUAAGACCAUCCAGAGGUUGCUGGACUGCAACUCCCAUCAGAAGUAGUAUAGCCAGUGAUGUGGAAUGUUGGGAAUUUGCAUCCAAUAUCUAAGGGGUGAGAUUAACCCAAUCCCUGGAAUAAGUUGUUUUAGUCAAAGUUAGGGAAGAGCCAUUGAAACCAAUAUGAUUUGAGUUAGUCAUAGCUUUAGCUGAUUCUGUUCCAAGUAGGACUAAAUUUGGAUCCAAUCCAGAUGUUCUCAGUAGUGCUGAUGUUUGUUAACUCUUGUAUUAAGACAUUUAUUUCGGUGCAUAUUACUGGUAAAUUAAGUUUCUGAAAAAUAAAUUCAAUGAUUUUCAUGCUCAACCAUUGCCAGCUGCCCAGAUCUUUAGGAGGCACAAGCAAUAGAGGUGAAGGAAUUGUAACUUCUCCAAGAGAAUGUCUCUCAAAAGAGUUCCAGAUCCAACCCAGUCUUUACAGUGAUUUCUCUUUAAUGAAUGUGGGAAAGAUUUGUGCAUAUUUAAGUGUAUUAGUCAACUGAUGACUAGAUUUAUGUGUGGUUUCUGUGGUAUAUAGAAAUCACCCUAAUAAAGUAUUAUGAAUGAC